CGGAAAUGGAAGGCACGUCGGCGGUCAGGUGACUUUAAUGUUGACAAAGCAGCUGUGAGCAGGAAGCGGCGAAUGUUUUUUUUGUUUUUGUUAAAGGUAUUUGCUAAUUAAAUCCCAUUUAAGAUGUUAGACACACCGAAUGUGUAGUUGACUUACCGUCGUGUUUGCGUUCAUCCGUGGAAGGACACUUGACGGAAAGUAGUCCACGUGUGAGAGGUUCAAAACAACAUGGAAGAGCAGGACGAGCGCAGGCGGCUGCUGGAGGCUGAACAAGUUGACCCCACGGGACUCAUGUCCGAGCAGGACGCUUAUCUCAGCAAAGUGAGGAACAGGAAGUUGUACCUGGCCACCUUUGUGUCCGUGCUGGGUCCCAUGAGCUUUGGCUUCGUGCUGGGCUACAGCUCGCCCGCCAUCCCGGAGCUCAGCAGGAGCUCGGACCCCCGGCUGCGGCUGGACGAGGUGCAGGCGUCCUGGUUCGGGUCCAUCGUGACGUUGGGAGCGGCGGCGGGCGGCCUGCUGGGCGGCUGGAUGGUGGAGAAGGCGGGCAGGAAGCUGACGCUCAUGUUCUGCUCGCUGCCCUUCGUCUUCGGCUUCACCGUCGUCAUCGCCGCGCAGAACAUCUGGAUGCUCUACGUCGGCAGGGCGCUGACCGGCCUCGCCAGCGGCGUCACCUCGCUCGUCGUGCCGCUGUACAUUUCCGAGAUGGCUCACGAGCGCGUGCGAGGUACGCUGGGCUCGUGCGUGCAGCUCAUGGUGGUGCUCGGCAUCAUGGGAGUCUACCUGGCAGGUCUUUUCAUGGACUGGCGCUGGCUGGCGAUCUGCAGCUCCAUCCCACCCACGCUGCUGAUGGUGUGCAUGUGCUUCAUGCCGGAGACGCCGCGCUUCCUGCUCUCCCACGGCAAGCGGCGCGAGGCUGAGGAGGCCCUGCGCUUCCUGCGGGGGCCCCAGGCCCCCGUGGAGUGGGAGUGCGCCCGCAUCGAAGACGCGUGCGACGAGCAGGGCUCCACUUUCCAGUUGUCGGACCUGAAGGAUGCGGGCGUGUACAAGCCGCUGGUGAUCGGCGUCUUGCUGAUGGUUUUCCAGCAGAUGACGGGCAUCAACGCCAUCAUGUUCUACGCCGAGGACAUCUUCGAACGGGCACACUUCAAGGAGAGCGACCUGGCCUCAGUCAUCGUGGGCCUGAUCCAGGUGGUCUUCACGGGCGUGGCGGCGCUGGUCAUGGACAAGGCCGGGAGAAAAGUCCUCCUCGUGGUCUCAGGUGUCGCCAUGGCGAUCAGCACCGCGGGCCUGGGGGUUUAUUUCCACCUGACGUCCGGACCUUCUCCGGUGGGGGCGCCGCAAGCCGACCUGGCCUGGCUGGCCCUCGCCAGCAUAUCCGUCUUCAUCACAGGCUUCGCUCUGGGCUGGGGUCCCAUCCCGUGGUUGGUCAUGUCGGAGAUCUUCCCCCUCAAAGUCAGAGGCUUCGCCAGCGCCGUCUGCGUGCUCACCAACUGGGGGAUGGCCUUCGUCGUCACCAAGAGCUUCCAGGACAUGAUGACCCUCCUCACGAGCGCUGGAACCUUCUGGCUCUUCUCCUCCAUGUGCGUCCUCAACCUGGUAUUCACCGUGACCUUGGUCCCCGAGACCAAAGGCAAGACGUUGGAGCAGAUCGAGGCGUCUUUCAGGGGCACGUCGGGCCCAUGAGGGUCCAGCCUGGUCCACGCUGCUCAUCUCAGGAAUUAAGUCCCCGGGACUCUGUAAGCUCUUUUAUCUCAAACCUUCUCUUGGCUCCUCCCCCAGAAGCUGCACGAGUGCUGGCUUGGGCAGGAGUGUCGAGGUUCACAUGGUGUCAAUGUAGGAGAGAAAUAAGCUUUUUUUGUUUAGGAAAUAUGACCAUAAAAGUAUUUAUUACA